AUGAAUGGUGAUGAAGCUUACUGGAGCCUCAAGCUGUCCCCCUGGGUAGAGUGCCGUGGCAUUACAGCUCACAGCAACCUCCAACUCCUGGGCUCAAGCGAGUCUCCUGCCUCUGCCUCCCAAGUAGCUGGGGAACUCCUGAGCGCGGGCAAUCCACCCACCUCGGCCUCCCAGAGUGCUGGGAUUACAUACGUGAGCCACUGUGCCAGCAGCCCUUCAUCAGUUCAUAAGGGUGGCCUCCCUGUCAAGGAGGCACAUCUCAGGCCAUCGAGUCCAGUGAUCCCGCCCCGCCUGGCAGGUGAGGAAGACAGGAAGACGUCACUGGCCUGA